GUGCUCUGCUGAACAUCCGCAUUCAAGGAGGACCGGAUUACAGAUUCUGCAGAGGUGGGGAAACGAAUUACUCCACAGGAUGUCAUGAUGACAGCGACGAGACGAUGCAAAUUAGGAGAGUGCUGCAAAGGAGAUAGAGCCGCAGCUGGAAUUUUCAGAAAAAUGUUGCCAGCUCACUCUGAUUGAUGAGCAGAAAUGGAUGAGCAGUACAUUUCUAAAUUAUCCCCUGCUGUUGACUAUGGAGCUGGUAUGUUCCUGCUGGUGGUAGCCAUUCUUUCCAUCCUGGGGAACGCUGCCGUCCUGAUCACGUCUGCUCGACGACACAGACUUUUAAAAGCCCCGGAGCUGCUCACUGUCAAUCUGGCCGUGACUGAUAUCGGCAUGGCACUGAGCAUGUAUCCACUCUCCAUCGCCUCAGCCUUCAACCAUGUCUGGAUCGGAGGUGAUUCCUCCUGCCUGUACUACGGGCUGAUGGGAAUGAUCUUCAGCGUGGCCAGUAUUGUGACACUGGCUGUCAUGGCCAUGGUGAGAUACCUGGUGACAGGAAACACUCGCAAAUCAGGAAACAAGUUCCAAAAGCAGACGAUAAGCAUCUUCAUCGCACUUAUCUGGCUGUAUUCACUGCUGUGGGCAGUGUUUCCCCUGCUGGGUUGGGGGGGAUAUGGACCAGAACCAUUUGGCUUGGCCUGCUCUGUGGACUGGGCUGGCUACCAGCACUCACUGAAUGGAUCUACAUUCAUUAUGGCUCUGGCCAUAUUGUGCACCAUCAUCCCAUGCGGCGUCAUCUUAUUCUCCUAUUCUGGCAUUGCUUGGAAGCUCCACAAGGUCUACCAGACCAUCCAGAGCCACGACAUGCUGCCCAACUCAGGUUAUGUGGAGAGGAAAGUCACACUGAUGGCCAUUCUUAUCAGCUCCGGCUUCAUCGUCUCCUGGACUCCCUAUGUGGCUAUCAGCCUCUGGACCAUGUUUCACUCUGAGGGGAAGGACAGCGUAGCACCUGUCGUCAGCAUGCUGCCCUGCCUGUUUGCCAAGUGCUCCACAGCCUACAACCCCUUCGUCUACUACAUCUUCCGCAAGUCUUUCCGUCAGGAGCUGAAGCAGCUGCGGAGCUACUGCUGGUGCCACCACCCAGAGGAUGAGUUACCCGCUGCAGAGGAAGACCACAACCAGUGGAAGAUCUCAGUGAUCCUGAAAAGUCCUGGAGAACAAAGACAUCAAUGCAUUACUUCGGGGGGCUGCUAGACCACUCUAAAAACAAGCAUUCAUGAUGACAAGGCUGCGCUCCGUGGUCUCCCCGGCUCAGCUGGUCAGAGGCCCGUCCCAGCACGUUACCUGCCGGACUCUACUCGCUGA